CUGUAUGCUUUUCAGUUCGGCUCGAAAGAUGACCCAAAUAUAUUGACUGUGCCCACUGCCCUAAUUGGACUAGCCUCAGAUGCACAAUCUGGAGGUUCUAUGUUUGAACUCAAAAUUGAUGGAAUUUUUGGAUUGGGCCCUCCAAGAAGUGAUGAUCUCUGUGGCUUUGAAUCUCCUCUAUACACUGCAUAUCAUAAUAAAUUAAUUAAUAAAAGUAUUUUUUCUGUGUAUAUGCACAACUCGAAGGAUUCUGGAAAUGGAGAAUAUGGUGGAGGUGAGAAAGGAUUAAUUAGCCUAGUUGGUAAAUCACCCAAUGCACCUCAACCAAUACACCUCAAUUUAAAGGAACAGGAAUUUUGGUCACCGGAAGUCUGGUUACCUUGA